AUCCAAAAAGCGAACUUCUCUCCCUCCUCGACCUCCUCUUCUCAAAGGUCUUGCUUCGAUUAGCUACAUCCGAUGGAUUUCGUUCCUUCUGAUGAGGUUUUGGGCAUUUUUGUGCCCAUUGCCGUCUACUGGAUCUAUUCGGGUAUAUACAUGAUCCUUGGCUCCCUCGAGAAGUAUCGGUUACACUCGAAGAAAGAUGAAGACAUCAAGAACUUGGUCUCAAAGCGUGAGGUUGCUAAAGGGGUUCUGCUUCAACAACUAGUGCAGGCUGCCAUUGCCUUCCUUGUUUUUAGUCUAGGCAGAGAUGAUAGCACGACCACCUCAAAUGUUCAAACUCCAAUCACUGUGAUUGUGAAACAGUUCUUCAUCGGUAUGUUUGUUAUCGAUACAUGGCAAUACUUCUGGCACAGGUACAUGCACCUCAACAAGUUCUUGUACCGGCACAUCCACUCUUGGCACCACCGGCUCGUCGUCCCCUAUGCCUUUGGGAGCCAGUAUAACCAUCC